GUUGGGUAUUAGAGGAGGACUAAAUUGAAAAUAUUUCAAGAUAAUAAAGGGAUUUGUGUAAAUAGUAAGAAAUUUCGAAUUUCGUGCAAAUAGUAAAUUAGCUAUAAUUUACAAUUAACCCACUUCUUCUUCUUCAUUCAAAACCCUCCAAAUCUCUGCCCUAAUCUUCAUUCUCCGCCGAUCAAAUCUUUCGCCCUGGUUAGGCCGUUUCUCAUCGCGGUUCGAGCUCACCACAGUAGAUAUGGAUAAUGAAGGCAAGUUGAUUAAAAUUGUUGGAUUAUUGAAUGAAACUAAGGUUGCAGCUGUUGAAGCGAAACGCCAGAUUAGUUCAAUGAGAGAUCGGUUGGCCGAGUUUCGUGAGCAACAGCAGAGGACGUAUGAACGGUUGUCUGCUUCUUUACAUGCACUUAGGGAUCUUGUGAAUGAUAAUCUAAGGGCAAAUGUUAAUGUUCGAGUUGUGAAUAAUGUUGUUGGUGGUGAAAUAGAAGAUGACUGUGAGUCUGUGAUCACUGUUGAAAAUGAUCUGAUGGAAGAAGAAGAAGAAGAGGCUGAUGAGGUGGAGAGUGAUGAAGUGCAUAAGCUAUGAUGAUGAGUUGGUUUGGUUAUGAAUGGUGGUUCAGUCAGUGUAAGUAUGUUUAUGUUUAUCUUCUUAAUUAACUAAUUUAGUCAACAUAUUUAAGUGAAGAAAUUUCUAGUCUAGAGACAUGGACGUGCUAUAUAGUAUAUAUACUUGAAGAAAAAGAAGAAGAAGAAGAAGAAGAAAGAAAAUACUUCUUUUAUUUUGGAAAUUUCAGGUGUUUGUUAAUGUUAUUUUUUUGUUGGGGUUUGACUUUGAA